CGAGCCCAUCGAGCAGUCGACGAUCAGCUGGCGGCGAUGAGCGACACCGCGAAAUGCAUUCGCUGUGCCCCCGGCUCGUUUUGUAAGCGCUCCACUCCAGUGCCCUCCAGUUCCCCCCAGCGGAAGCGCCAAAUGCCAGCCGGAGCUGGUUAGUUGCAGCCAGGAACUCGCUGCCACUCUCGCCAUGUACCGCAAUAUACUCUGCCUGGCACUGGGCCUCAUCGUGGGCAUUCAGCUGACGGAUUUCCUGGAGUACUUCCAGCUGACCGACAGCCAGUUCGCGAGCACGGCCAUCACGCAGCUGGAAGAGGGGGCCACGCCCCAGGUGGCGACGGAGGAGGAGCUGGCCCUCUGGCUGCACAACGAGACACGGGUGCUCUGCAUGGUGCUGACCCUGCCGAAGAAUCACCAAACCAGGGUGCGGCGGGUGAAGGGCACGUGGGGCAGGCGCUGCAACAAGCUGAUCUUCAUCAGCAGCCAGGAGGAUCGGGAGCUGGGCGUCAUCGAUGUGGGCGUGCCCGAGGAACGGAAUAACCUGUAUCUGAAAAUGAGGAAAGCCCUGGAGUAUGUGUACCAGAACCACGGCGAGGACUACGACUGGUUUCUCAAGGCGGAUGAUGACACCUUUGUGAUAAUGGAAAACCUGCGGUUCCUGCUCUAUCCCUACGAUCCCGAGGCAGCGCUCUACUUUGGCCACCGAUUCCGCACCACCUUUCCGCAGGGCUACAUGUCCGGCGGAGCUGGCUAUGUGAUGAGCCGGGAUGCACUGCGUCGGCUCAAUCUCUUCGCCUUCAACAACAGCCAGUUCUGUCCGAUCAACAACAUGUCCGAGGACCGGCAGAUUGGCUUCUGCCUGCAGAAUGUGGGCGUAGUGGCUGGCGAUUCGCGGGAUGAGGAAGGUCGGGAUCGAUUCCUGCCCUUGUCUCUCAAGUUCAUGCUGCCCACGUUCCCCACCAACAAUUGGCUGCCCAAACUGGCAUUUUACGAACCAGUGAAUGAAACUGGCUCGACGUCGGGAAUUAGCUUUCACUACGUCAAGAUCCAUGAGUUCGAAAUGUACGAAUACCUGCUUUAUCGACUACGGAUUUUCGGAACUCCCUUAUCCCAGAGAUCGCUGCCAUCCAGACUGGGACCCGAUGAACUGCAGAACCAGCUCAAUCAGUGGGCUCAGGAGAACAGCACGAAUUCCAACGCGUGGCUACAGCAAGACUAAUGUAUAAGAGUCUAUUUAACAGUAUCCAUAGAGUACAUACAUUUAAGACUCAUUUUAUAUUUACCCAUAGUCAAACAGAACAAGCUUUUAGAUUCUUAAGAAUAUCAUUAAAUAGAUGCCCAUUGUUUUCAUA